AGUUUAUACAGUUUUAUGGGUGUAAACAGCUUGUAUGCAGCCUAAAACUUAACUUAAACGUUUUUAUAUACUAAUUUAAUUAAAAUAGUGCUACAAAAGUGAAAACAUCAAGAUGUCCACUCAGGAUAUUUACAAGAAACAGAAAACCUGCCUGCAAAUAGCAACAAAUGUAACUGAACAAAAACACCACGUAUCCAGGGCAAAAAGGGGACAAAUCUUGGGGCACCUGAGAGGUUUUAGAGGAUGCACAGUGUGGCUGACAGGUUUAUCGGGGGCUGGAAAGACAUCUAUAGCAUUUGAGUUGGAGGCUUAUUUAGUGUCCCACGGAAUACCAGCAUAUGGUUUGGAUGGGGACAAUAUGAGAACUGGGUUGAAUAAAGAUUUGGGUUUUUCAAAGGAGGGCAGGGAGGAGAAUAUAAGGAGAGUUGCAGAGGUAGCUAAAUUGUUUGCCGAUGCUGGGCAAGUUUGUUUAUGUAGUUUUGUGUCACCCUUUGCUGAAGAUAGAGAUGUGGCAAGAAGGAUACAUCGGGAUAGUGAUUUGCCGUUUUUCGAGGUAUUUAUUGAUACACCUUUGCAUGUUUGUGAAGAACGAGAUACUAAAGGGUUGUACCAGAAAGCUAGGCAAGGUGUAAUUAAAGGUUUUACUGGUAUUGAUCAACCCUACGAAAUUCCUGAAAAUCCUCAGUUGGUUGUAAAAACAGUAAAAGCUACAAUAGAGGAGUCUACAAUGCAAGUUGUAGAAAUGUUGCAAGAAAAUGGUAUUAUACCUUUUUUAGAGAAUCGUAAUAAGGAUGAGGAUUAUGAAUUAUUUGUGUCUGAGCAUAUGUUGGCCAGUGCCAUAGAGGAGGCAGCUUCUUUACCUGGCUUAAAUAUAAAUACUUUGGAUUUACAAUGGCUACAGAUUUUAAGUGAGGGAUGGGCGCACCCCCUUAAAGGCUUCAUGCGCGAGGACGAGCUCCUCCAAGCGCUGCACUUCAACUGUUUGCUAAAAGAUGGCGACACCAGUAGUCACAGCGUGCCUAUCGUGCUUCCGGUCUCCACUUCCGACAAAGACCGUUUGUGUGACAGCUCGUCCAUAGCACUCUACUACAACAACGAAUGCUACGCGAUAAUGAGAAAACCGGAGUUCUAUUGGCACAGGAAGGAGGAAAGGGUGGCCAGGCAAUUCGGCACUACCAAUAAGGACCAUCCUUAUGUCAGAAUGGUGUUUCAGAGCGGGGAUUGGCUGGUCGGGGGUGAACUAGAGGUUUUAAAGAGGGUCAGGUGGAAUGAUGGUUUAGAUGAAUACAGGUUGACCCCUAAGGAGCUUAGGAGGAGGUUUAAGCAAAUGGAAGCUGAUGCAGUUUUUGCUUUUCAGUUAAGAAAUCCCAUUCAUAAUGGACAUGCUUUAUUAAUGACUGAUACGAGGAAACAGUUGCAAGAAAGAGGUUAUAAGAAACCAGUUUUGCUGCUACAUCCUCUUGGAGGUUGGAUUAAGGACGACGACGUCCCUCUCCCCACGCGUAUACUCCAGCACCAAGCCGUGAUGGACGAAGGUCUCCUGGACCGUAACCUGACCGUCCUGGCGAUAUUCCCGAGCCCCAUGAUGUACGCGGGACCGAACGAGGUGCAGUGGCACGCGAAGGCGCGCAUGAACGCCGGCGCCAACUUCUACAUAGUGGGCCGCGACCCGGCGGGGUUGCCGCAUCCCGCGGGCAAAGAGGCGACGCCGGACGGCAACAUGUACGACGUCACGCACGGCGGCCGCGUCCUGAAGAUGGCGCCAGGGUUGAACAGUCUGGAGAUUAUCCCCUUCAGGGUGGCGGCGUACGACGUCAGGAAUAGGAGGAUGGACUUUUUCGAUUCCGGCAGGAAGGACGACUUUGAGUUUAUUUCGGGGACGAAGAUGAGGGCUCUGGCUAGAAGCGGGGAGUUUCCUCCCGAUGGCUUUAUGGCCCCCAAGGCUUGGGAUAUUUUGGCCGGGUAUUACCAAUCUUUGAAUAAGAUUUAAUUUGCGCAAGGCCAAUUUUCAUUGGUAUUGUUUCCAUUUUGCUCAUUCCUCUCUAUAUUAUUGUCCAUUCCUUGUAAAAUUAAUGUCCUGACUAUAUAUAGAGAUUUAACGGUUAAAAAAACGGUUUCAUUUCUAGACCAUUGGAAAAAUUGGAAAAGAAGACAAAUUGAAAAAUUAUUAAGUCCAAACCGAAAACCUGAAAAUAUAAAUAUUAUCUUAUAUUUGAAUAAAAAUUAUAUAUACAUAAAUAUUAGUUAAA